AUACACACUGAUCGAGCUGCAUGCGUACAGAAUACAGUUCAAGAAAUACAGUUGCAGAGCUGAUGAUGGCCGCCGAGCUUUACAUGGCUUCCUUUCUCGCGCUCCUCCUCCUGUUGCCUGUCGUGGUGAUAUCUGCGGCUGCUGCGGGCGCCGCGUCGUACGAGACCAAGUCCAUAGAUCCGGGGCUCGUCGUGAUGACGCUGCCGGAGCCGGUAUCGGGACCGGAGAGCCUCGCCUUUGACAGCCGUGGCAGAGGGCCUUACUCCGGCGUCUCGGAUGGCCGCGUCCUCCGGUGGCAAGGCCGCAGGCAGGGAUGGACCGAGUUCGCCUACAACUACAAGCACAAGAGCGUGGCGAUAUGCGCGGCGGACAAGAAGCUGGUGGUGCCGGAGAGCGUGUGCGGGCGCCCCCUGGGGCUGCAGUUCCACCGGGACUCCGGCGAUCUGUACGUCGCCGACGCGUACAUGGGGCUCCUCAGGGUGCCGGCGCGCGGCGGGCUGGCGGAGGUCGUGGCGACGGAGGCCGGCGGCGUGCCGUUCAACUUCCUGAACGGUCUCGACGUCGACCAGAGGACUGGGGACGUCUACUUCACGGACAGCAGCACCACGUACCGUAGGAGCGACUACCUGCUCGUGGUGGCCCUGGGCGACGCGACGGGCCGCCUGGUGCGGUACGACCGCCGCGCGCGCCGCGUGACGGUGCUCCACGCCGACCUGUCCUACCCGAACGGUGUCGCCGUGAGCGGCGACGGCACGCACGUCGUGGUGGCGCACACGGCGCUGUGCGAGCUGCGGCGGUACUGGGUCCGUGGCCCGCGGGCGGGCCGGUCGGAGACCUUCGCGGAGCUACCGGGGUACCCGGACAACGUGCGCCCCGACGGGCGGGGAGGCUACUGGGUGGCGCUGAGCAAAGGCGUGGCCGAUCUGGGCGGCGGCGCGGCGGUCGCGGCGCCGACGGUCGCCGUCAAGGUGGACGCCGACGGGAAGGUGGCGGAGGCGCUGGACGGGUUCAGCUUCGUGUCUGUGAGUGAGGUGGCGGAGCGGAACGGCACGCUCUGGGUCGGGUCCGUCGACACGCCGUACGCCGGCGAGCUCAAGGGGCACUCCAGCUGGUAGCCAGCGUGCUGCUACUACACCGACGGCGCGUCAUCAUUCAUCAAUUAUGCACGUACGUACGUGUGUGUAACACACGUACAUUAUCAUUGCUUUGCUUUGUCAUGAAUAUUGAAUGGCAUUAGAAAUCGAGACAGUACAAAGAAGCAUCUAUCAGCGUGUGGUUUGUAUCAUUCCUUUGCUUUUGUGUGUAAUGUCGUACCUUGUUGACGUGGUAGCAUGGGUCGCAAUUGUAGACUUUUGGUGAAGUAGUAGUUGUUUGGUUUGGUGAUCGUUCAUGGCUGCAACUGCAACUAGAUAUAGAUUAAGUUGAUGCCCUGGGUGCAGCAUUGUUAA